AUGGCCUUCUUGUCCAGCCUCAUACUUUCACUUCUCAUCCUGAGCGCCACCGUUUUCCUCCUGCCGAAGCUCGCGGGUGCUCUCUUCGGCUCUGUCUUUCGUGCCGUGGGCUGGCUCAUCCGGUCACGAACACGAUCUCGCCGUGAGUAUGUAAUCGCGCGGGCGCGGUUUGAAGAUGCGGAAUCCCGGGCGCCGUCUGCGAAAGAAGGCCGGGCCCAGGAAGACGAGGAUUGGGAGAAGGUGGAUAGCUCCGGUCCCGGUGGGGUAAGGACUGCGAGUAGCAGUGACAGCGGGACUAGCGGUGGCGGGGAUAUCAAUAAGAAAGAAGGAUCGAAGAUGGAUGAGUGGGAUGGGAUUAUUGGAUUCUUUCAUCCCUUCUGCAAUGCCGGCGGCGGUGGAGAACGAGUACUCUGGGAGGCAGUGCGCUCAACACAGAAGCGCUGGCCGAAGGCGAUCUGCGCCAUUUACACGGGGGACCAUGAGGUGAACAAGGCGGCGAUGCUGGAGCGGGUCGAGAACCGGUUCAAUAUCCAGCUCCAUGCCCCGACGGUGGUGUUGCUGUACCUCACCACGCGCAAGUACGUGGUCAGCAGCUCUUACCCGUACAUGACACUGCUAGGCCAGUCACUAGGCUCGCUGGUGGUCGCCUACGAUGCUUUUACGCUACUGGUACCGGAUGUGUUUGUCGACACCAUGGGCUAUGCCUUCACACUGGCCCUGUGCAAGUGGCUCUUCCCUACGGUGCCGACGGGCGCCUAUGUCCACUAUCCCACCAUCUCGACUGACAUGCUGGCCUCUCUUGACGACCAAAGUGGAGUCCAGGGGGUCAACUCCGGCGCCGGAGUAGGGUGGAAAGGCGCGCUCAAGCGACGAUACUGGCAGUUCUUUGCGCAGCUGUACGGCUGGGUCGGCCGGCAUGUGGAUGUAGUGAUGUGCAACUCGUCGUGGACUGCAGCCCACAUUCGUACGCUGUGGGGAGCCGACCAGAGUCAUAAUAACACCAGUACCGGCGACGGGACUGCAUCAUCGCCGGCGGUGGUGUUCCCACCAACCGCUGUCUCCGAGCUGGAAUCGAGCAUCGCGGUGGACGCCAGCAGCGAGAAGACACGUCAACCCCUUCUGCUCUACAUCGCACAGUUUCGACCCGAAAAGAACCACCCGCUGGUUCUGCGGUCCUUCGCGCGGUUCCUGCAAGACCGCACACAAACUCCUGGCGAACCACAGCCCCAGCUAGUCCUCAUCGGCUCGGUGCGCCACUCGAGCCCAGACGAAACCCACAUCUACAAUCUGCGGCUCCUGGCGCACGAACUCCGCAUCCGCGACCACACCACCUUCCUCUGCGACGCCAGUUGGACCGCCGUACUGUCGAACCUUGGUUCCGCCUCCGUCGGCGUUAACGCCAUGUGGAACGAGCACUUUGGCAUCUGCGUCGUCGAGUACCAGGCCGCCGGCCUCAUCUGUGUGACCCACGACUCGGGCGGGCCCCGCGAGGAUAUUGUCGUGGAUCUCGGCGAUGGUGCCACGGGGUUCCGCGCCGAAACUGAGGAACAGUUCGCCGCGGCCUUUGAGGCCGCUUUGGCACUCCCAGAGCCAGAGAAGGUCGCUAUGCGGCAGCGUGCUCGUCGGUCGGCGCGCCGCUUCACUGAAGAGGAGUUCUCGCGCAAGUGGCUGGACCAGGUGCAGAAACUUGUCGCGGCGUCGCGGUAG